CUUUUUCGGGAAUCCAGUUCUCCGAAAGCCCCCCCCAAACGCAACUGAUGUUUUACUCGCCCGAUCCGUCCAAAUCGAAAUUCCAAAUUGAACGUAUUGCACCAGCGGCGAAGGCAAGAGUCCAGAUAGAACCGACAUGGCCAACCCGGGUCGUGAUCCCCAACGAUCGCUUCAAGCCUGGCGCCUGCUAAACGAAAGCUUCCGCAUGUUCACCACGAAGCUAGGCAGGAACCAGCAUUUGACUCCUGUUACCGGACGGCAGUGCCUUAGCCUGCAGGAGCGACGGGAUCUGAACGACGCCAUGGGUCAGUGCGUAACCAAUGUGUCAGGUGUCUUGCACAGUUUGCGCGCCAGUCACCUGCGCCUGGACGUUAACAGGCUGCUCCUCAUCGUGGAGCAGUCGCAGCUGGACGGUGAGCUAAAAAGUCGGCAGGCCCAGCUCUGGAGGACGCAGUGCGAGCUGCGCAACAAACGAUUCGAACUAAUCCAUCAGAUGCAUGCCUCGGCCCAGAUGACCGAACGCCUGGAGGAAGCCAGGCACACCACCAAGUUGCUGGAGGAGCGCCAUCGGAAGCUGGAUGUCCUGGCUGUGGACAAGGGCGAGCUUUAUAAAUCGCGGUCUUCGAUGCUCUGCUCGCGGAUGUUUGAUCUCACCCAGGAGCUGAUCAACACCAAGAUGCGCAUCAAUAGUUUUGAGCACGCCAAAGCUCAAUUGAAAAGGCGCAUCUUGGAAUUGCAGCUUCGUCGUAUCCGGCGGCGCCGGCAGCUGUGCGACCAGGUGCAGCUCCUGCGGCUGGCCCAGGAUCAAUGGCAGCUUUUAAUGCCACCGACGCUGAUGCGCGUGUGGCAUAUCAUUCGCGGUUUGUGGGACUGUGUGGACAGCCUCGGCCUGGCCUACCACUCACCCUACAAGGUGCAGAGUUCAGCAAGCGCCCUUAAUCUGUUUGUGGCGUGUGUUUAGAGUUUGUUCAUAUAAGUUCAUUUAAAUCUUUUUCUUGUUUUAAUUUUUUAGCGGUCUUUCAGUGUGUCCAUAAUGUACCAAAAUAAACAUAUUUGGUAUUAAUUUUGGUUUUUGGUAUUUUCGAUAACUAUCGAUAGAUAAGUUACGCCCAUCACUAGGUGGCAACACCGGCCGCAAAUUUCAACUAGGUGGCAUCUGUGCUGCUGAAAAAUUGCAAUUUUUUUCCGAUUUCUCACACACACACGACAUAAAACACACACGCCAGCACAUAACGCCGCAAAAACGCCCAUCAAAUUUUCAGUUAACAAAGGCUCCAAGGCGUUAAUUUUGGGCUAAUUACACCGCUGAGCCUAACGGGUGAGAGGAGACGACAUUCCAGCCUAGCGGAGUAGCAUCAGAGCCAGCGGGAGUAAGAAGAAGCACCAGCAGCAACGGACAGCGCAGGCAGAAGAAGCAGAGGCAGAGGCAGUG